UCAAGUCCAACCAUGCAGUCCCGAAGUUCGAAGUCCGGCCGGGCCCGGGGCCCGCGCCCCUCGGUCCCUCCGCUCCUCCUGCUGCUGCUGCUGCUGCUGCCAUGGUUGGGUCUCGGCGCUGCGCAGGGCGCCGGGCUGCCAGGAGAGCCCGAGAGCCCCCAGGACCUUCAGCUGCCGCGACUCCUGCAGCGGGCAGCGCGCGUGGCUCUGCACUUCUUCAACUUCCGCAGCGGCUCGCCCUGCGACUUGCGGGUGCUCGGCGCGGUGCAGGGGGGCCGCGCGCAGGUGAUUGACGAGGACACCUUGGUAAGCGUGACCUUCACCGCCGAGCGCUUCCGCCUGGAGGACCCACUGCGCUCCGGGAGGUGCUGGGCCCAGGUGCGUUUCACACCCCACAGGCCACGGCCAUCUGUGAACGUGUCAUGCACUCGGCUCUUGGCGCGUGAACAGAGGCAGCAGGAGAAUCUGCAGCUCUUCAGGCUCCUGAAGGACCUGCCUAUGCCCCUGGCUAACACCAGCAUCCCUGAUAAUCAUGGGCACAUGGAGCCCACGCUGAGGCCCCUCUGGGAAAUGGUGGCCUUGGGCAGCUCCUUCGUCAUGUGGGAGAAGAGUACAAAGACUGCGCAGUUCUCCCUGGUGCAGCUCAGCGGGGUGCAGCAGUGGAAAACAAACCAUGACACCAUCCAUGCUGAUUAUACGGUUCUGCUCCAUGAAUUCACAACGCAGGAGAUGCUUUCCUGCCACAUCCACCAAGAGUGGCAUCCUGGCAAGCCCCCAAGAGUGAAGUACCACUGCUCGGAGGCGCAGAUGCCUGAGGAGGCCUCGGGGACAGAAGAGUAGCCAGCCGGAGCACAGUGAGCACAGCAGCUUCUGAAGUCAGAGGAACUCGAAGGGAAUUUGAGACCCAGGUCCCUUUUACACCACGAAAGUGCUCCAGAACCAGGCCUCCCAGCCCUCAAGGAAAGCCUAUAUGACAGAGAUGCAGGGAAAGAGACUGAGUUCCUUUCUCCAGGUUGCAGGUCCAUUCCCACCCCACAAUGACCCCAGCUUGGUGCUCAGGACCUGCAUAAGCAUCUAUGCAGUAUGUGUGUAUGUGUGUGCAGGGCGGGUGUGUAGGUGUGACAAACAUAGGCUGCACUGACUGUAACCAGCAACUUUAUACCAAGAGGCUUGUAGAUUGUUAAACAAAGAAAUAAACAAUAUAUCUCAUCAACAGCAAA